AUGGACGCCAGUCAGCGGCGAUCUCCGGCGUCCACGUCGUCGUCGUCCAGCACGGCGGGGAAUCAGUGCCGCCGAUUUCGGAGGGGUGACGUGGUGGAGGAGAAUUCCGGAGAUCCGGCGGUGGCGUGCACCGGGAAAUCGUUCCAGUCGUGCACGGCGGGCGUGAUCGCCGACUGCGUGGCGGUGUGCUGCUGCCCCUGCGCGGUGGUAAACAUCCUGGCACUGGCGUUCGUCAAGCUCCCGUGGGCGGUGGCGAGAAGGUGCAUCGGCGGAGGCCGGAGGCGCCGCCGCCGGCGGAGGCUGAAGGAGGAACAGAAAUGGUGCGAGGAGGGCAGGGAUGCAAUUUCGGGAGACGGGAGGGCGGGGGUCGAAACGACGUCGGAUAGGGUGCUGAGCGGGGUUGUGAUUGGAGAGGGGUUAAAUGACCGUUUUAGUGCUAAGGGCGAGGAUGUUUGGUUAGAGUUGUAUGAUGAGGUUGGACAUUUGGGUUUUGGUAGGGUUUCUUUCACUGGAAUUCCUUUUCAGGACAGGGGUAAUUGA